UGUAUGGGCGUGGACAACUCCACGAUAGACUCCUCAAGUCCAAAACAACCGUUACUUACGCGUUGGAUAGUUCUUCAAAAAGGUGUUACCGCUACUAAGACAAUGCUUACAAUAAAGGAUUUAACUUUGACUUACGAUGCAAUUAACGAGGAAAGGACGUUUUCCGAGGGAGACACUUUAACGGGCACAGUGACGAUGUGUUUGAAAAAAGAUACGAAAGUUAAAUCCUUUUUCGUCAAACUUAAAGGCGACGCAAAUGUGCGUUGGAGCCGAGGGAUUCCUAUCUACUACCAAAUCAUUUAUGAAGCACACGCGCGGUACUUUAAACGUAAACAUUUUUUUAUUCCUGAAAACACUAAAGACACUGAAAUCUCCAAGGGAAAUCACUCGUAUAAAUUCAGCAUCAAAAUUCCAUCCGGGAGUUUGCCCUCAUCCUUCCACGGGGCUCAUGGUAGGAUCGUCUACAGACUGGAAGCCAAGCUUUCAAGGAGCUGGAGGUUGGACAGCAACGUAAAACAGGAGAUCGACUUUGCAUCGAAGGCCAUUUCAAGCCUCCUGAUGACCCGCCAGGUUGGCCAAGUGGAUAAAGACAUAGGAAUCUUCUCCAAAAGAUCCGUACACAUGGAGGCGUUUGUGGAGGGCGGAGUCUACGCCCCGGGUCAAACUGUGGCAGUUACUGUUAAAGUCAAAAACACAUCCUCAAAAGACAUAACCCCCAAGUUCUCUUUGAGGCAGAAUGUUACGUACCGUGUGCUAGGCUCUACAAAGUACAGUUGGAGUGAAAUCUGUAAGUUAGUUGGGGAGGUUAUUGAGAAGAAAAGUGAAAAAACAGUCUCUUGUACAUUGAAGAUCCCUCCUGACACUAUCCUAUCCAUCCAGAACUGUGAAAUCCUUUCAGUUGAACAUUAUUUGAAGGUGUACUUGGACAUCAGCUUUGCCACAGACCCAGAGAUCAAUUUUCCACUGGUCAUUGCCCCUUCCAGCUUCAUGUUAAACCCAGGGCCUGGAGGAAUGAACCAGCCGUACCCCCCUGUAGCAUACGGGGGCCCAAGCAACAGCGACUUCCCUCCCCCCUGCUGCCUUCUUUCAGCCAGCUCUGCAUCAGCAGGCCUAUGGUCCCUCAGCAGCCUUCUGCCCCCAAGCAGCCUUCGGUCCCCAGCAGCCUUUGGCCCCCUAGCAGCCUCCGGGCCCCCAGCCUGGGGCCCGGGCUUCGGUGCUGACCCACAGCGGCCGCUGGCCCAUCCCGUAUACCCGCAGCUGCCUGGGGCUCAGCCUGCCCCGUUUCCCUCUGCGCCCGGUGCCAUGGGAACAGCUUAUUACAAAGUCCGUGCCACAGAACAAGUCUCCAUGUGGACCCCCGGCCCAGCCCUCGUCGCACGCCCCCGUGCUCCACCGUUCUCCCCCUCCGUGGGGCCCGGUUCCUCCACCGGCGGCUCCGGGGGCUCCGGUGACAUUGGACAGUGUUUUUAUUAGAUAGUUCAGGGGAGUUUCUGUGUGUGUUAGUGUGCAUACGUGUGUGUAGUUGUGUGAGCCGGCAUGUGUUUGUCAAGGGCUGUUGAGGGUGGUUUGUUUGUGUAAGUGUAUGUGCAUCUAUAGUUGUGUGUAUGUGAGUAUUACUAGUAUUACUGAGACAAAAAAGGCUUCAGCCGUAGACACAGUAUAAAGGAAGUUUCGCAUAAUCUGCCGAACGCAAGGUUGCCUACGUCAAAAUAUGGCAACUUUUGCAUUCCUGCUGCAACCACUAACAGAUUGGGGUAGGGGCUCUCAAAAUAAGUGCUUUUUAAAAAAAGCUAAAUAUAUAUAUAGAUAUAGAAUGUUAAAGAAUUCAAAAACAAAUAUAUAUUUAAAAAUUUCAGCCAAUUUUAAAGGUCAGAUUGGUAUGAUAAUGCAAUCAUUUAUAAUUCUGGAUUAUUUAGAGAAAUAACAGCUCUGGGGUAGAAACAGUUUUUUAGCCUGUUUGUUUUUGAUCUGAUUGCCCUGGCGCCUCCCCGAGGGCAACAGUUCAAACAGGUUAGGGCCUGGGUGGGAUGAGUCUCUCAGGAUGCUAUGAGCUCUCCUGAGGCAGUGUCUAUUGUAGACAUCCUCAAGAGAGAGAAGAGGACAUCCAAUGACUUUUUGGGCCGUUUUUAUGACCCUCUGGAGUGCUUUCCUCUCAGCUGCAGUGCAACUUGCAAACCACAGCCAGAUGGUGCAGCGAUAAAAGGUCAACAGCAUUUUUUCCUGAAGAUUGUUCUUCCUGAGGAACCUUAGGAAAUACAGUCUCUGUUGGGCCUUUUUCAGAAGUGCCUUGGUGUUUAUUGUCCAAGUCAGGCUUAUUCCUCCUAUAAUCAAUGAUUAGCUCUUUGGUCUUUGAGGUGUUGAGGAUGAGGUUGUUCUCCGCACACCAUGUAGAUAUUCUUUGGACCUCCUCCCUAUAUGCAGUCUCAUCCCCACCUAAGAUGAGCCCCACCACUGUUGUAUCAUCCGCAAACUUAAUGAUGGUAUUGCUGGGGUAGCUGGGGAUGCAGUCAUUGGUGUAGAGAGUGUAGAGUAUAGGGCUCAGCACGCAGCCCUGUGGGGAGCCAGUGCUGAUGUGGGAGCACUCAUGUUUUGUGUAAACACGAAACAUGGGAAAGCCGGAUUUAGUGCAACAAAUAGCUGGAAUAAACUCCCUGAGGAUUUAAGAUUUGCCCCAACACAUACCACUUUUAAAACAAGACUGAAGACGUUUAUGUUUGCUUAGCUUUCUGCUUAAUCUUAAAUACAUUGCACUUUCUAAAAGAAAAAGGCCUUUUUAACUUUACCUUUAUUGUCUACAUUUUGCACUUUCUAAAAUAGUUUUCUAAUCCUUAUCUAUUUUACAAUUUUUUUGCAUAAUUU